GUGAACAUAGAGUGCCUCCUCGACAUUAUGCGCAAGGAGAGAUACAUAGUCCGCAUGUUCAACUACGUCGUGUUUCGCGCCGAGGGAAGGGCAGGGGACGAAUGGAACGACGACUUCUUCAUGUCGUACAAGGACCUGGAAGAGAGGUAUACUUCAAACGGGUUAUGCGCAGAUGAAUGGGAGAAGCAACGGGAGAAGCUGCAUAGCAACUUAGUGAAGACGAUCCCUCGGCGACUUGGAGGAGUGGAGGAGGCGAGGCAAGGUGCGGGCUUGGGGCCUACAGAAGUGAUGUACAAGGAGGCUCCGUUUCACUUCAAGGUCUUUAUAUACACCACGAUCGAUAAGCUCGAUAUGCUUCCAGCGGAGGUGAAACGGAUCGCCUCCAGUACACGCCGUCUUGUGUGGGACAAACUCAGCAGGCAGACCACAUUGCUUCCUGUAUGCAUGCGGUUGAAGGAGGUUAUGGCGGCGCCCGUCGACAUCGUCGCAGCCGCACAAAAAAUGGCAUGUAGGGCCGCCAUCGUGGACAUCUCGACCGUGAAUUUCAGCAGUGCAUGGACCUCGCAGGACUUCGAUGCACUUUACGCAAUGAUGGCGAAGUGUUGUGGUCCAAAUUGGGUCCUCUUCUUCUUUGCACCGCAGAAUGUGCAAAGCGAUGUCUUGCGUCAAUUGUACCAUUGGGAGGACAUCGAGCUCAUCCCCGGGUCAUGGAAACGAGUGGACAAGCCGCUGAGCGACGUCACAAGGUACGGCAACAUCGCUACGAGCAGUCGGGACCUGAUGGCGAUCGUGCUGCACGCUGAAGGAGGGGAUCUGAAAAAAGUAAUUGUCGCACCCCGACUUCACAACGAUCUCACCGAAGUGCAUGUUGUGGAGGAAAAGUUCGGGAAGUGUCUCGGAAAACACGGUGGCGUCGAGGGCGACGAAAGUGCCGCAUAUUCAAUUUGGGAGCGAGAACCUGCCAAGUUGCGGAAGUUGUGCGGUUCAUUCGUAGGAGAGGCGAAAGGUGUGCUUUUGCUAGGUAGGGCGCACGCGGGUCUUGUAUGGAAGUUAUUGCCUGCAGGUAAUAAUGUCAUUGCCUGUGACGAGUCGGCCAAGAACAUUGCAUACUUGACAAAGUUCCUCGACAUACUUGUUAAGGAUGGGAGAUUCGAGUGCCGCCUCGAGAAGCCGUGUGCCACACAUCGCACGAACAGGGAUAUGUACCACAAGUUGGGACCGAAAAGACUGAAGGUGUGGGAAUACCUGUUCCGCGAUGCGCCGGAUGGACGCCUUGAUGGGGGAUACAUAUAUAGGAAAGCCAAGGUGACUGAGGCCCUCAAACAUUAUCACGGUGCUCUAACUGGCGCCUUCGAGACAUUCGUUGCUCGAUGCGAGAUCUUGAGGUUUGAUCUUCACAAAGAUAAACAAACGUUUAAGGACUAUGCAGGCCUCGCUAAAUCGGGUGAAGACUUUAACCCCGUUGACAGCGAGGAAGACUCGUCGGACUCCGACCUCGAGAUCGAAAAGGACACCAAUGCAACCGGGUGGUGUGGGAAGUCCGCUGCCAUGGAGCACAGCGUCAAGGGAUAUGGACCGGGUCAAUCAGAGCGAUGCUCGAACCUGCCACCCGCGAACAGUGUAGCCUCGGGUGUGGACCGGGUUGUAGGUACGCCUGUGGAAGACGACGAAGAUGAUGACCUUGAUGUUCCUGCUCAGCCAACGAAGUUGGCGCCAGACGAUCCGAUUCCUCCCAGAUUUUGUGCGGAUGCAAACAAUGUGUAUUUCUUGGAUGACAAAUAUGCCUGCACUAGUGAGGACAAGUGGGGUCAUGAUAUCAUUUGGCAUAACGACGUUUUCGAGCCAUGUAUCCAAGGCGAGGAGUGGAAAAUGGCGGUGAAGUAUGUCUCGAAGGGUUGGAGACCGUUUCCCCGCAUGGGAAAUGACAACUGGCUGAAGACGACGGAGCAAUCAAUACUAUACCGUUGUCGGAAAGAGAACUCCGUGGAGAGUGAAACAUCCAUCGCGGCAAAGGCGAAACAAUUGUUCGACGUCUUGGGAGCCACUCGGCAGCUAGAGUACUCACACAAGUUUUACGAGCUGCAGUCGACCCCCUCGUACGACAAGAUUGACUGGAAGGUUGAGCGCGCCGCCGCGCUCGAGUGCAUGGACGUGGACUCCCGAGAAGAUGCCGCCUCUGUGCCUGAGGCGGCCACAGGGAAUACGAUGGGUGAACAAAGGGAAGAUGGCGGGACGACGUUUGGCGUGAAGCCUCCGUUGCCAGAGGCGGGGAACACGCCCGCAGGCAAAAACACCAUCGGAGUCAUCUCUGUCGCAACGGGGGAUACAUCACAAGGUGAAAGUGUCACUCAACAAGCCGGUGGAUGCGGGCGCCACAUACGGGAGUCUCCUUGUGACAGGUGCGGCGCUGGUAGGCACAUCGGAGAUGGUGUCAGAGUCCACUGUUGGGAUGGGCAUCACGGGGAUGUCGUUGCAUCCGCCCACAUGCACUAGCAAAGGUGACGCACACUGUACAACAACACCAUAGGGAGGGGUCACAGGGGAUGAUGGGAAUGGGGGAAAUGGAGGGGGGUCUCCACGUUCUCGCAAUAUUGAGGAC